AUGAGAUCUCUAGCCGACUCGACCAUACGGUGGCAAGAAACUCUUCAAUACUGCACCAGCCUCGCCGAUCUACAACGGGCUGUUAAGGAUAAUGGCUUCAAUAGUCCAUGUAUCUCGGGAUGCAGAUCCCUCUGCUGGAAGGCCUUCUUACUAACCCAGACCACGAACACCGCAGAUUGGUCUCAUAGCCUAUCAGAAUCACGAAGUACAUAUUCUUCUUUGAAGGACCACUUUCUGAGAUAUAUUAAACAUCCGGAAGAUCUCACUUCCGCCUCUGACGAUCCCUUAGCGGAUGAUGCCGACUCUCCUUGGAAUACCCUCCGUGUAGACGAAGUGCUUAGGGCCGAGAUCCUUCAAGAUGUUCAACGUUUACCAGAUGAGCCUUUUUAUCACCAGGCUCAUAUUCAGACGCUGAUUUUGGAUAUUCUGUUCAUCUAUUGUAAACUCAACCCAGACGUGGGCGGAUACCGCCAGGGUAUGCAUGAACUGCUGGCGCCCAUCGUUUAUGUUGUAGCCCAAGAUGCUAUCGACCCUGCCAACAUGGCUUCUGAUGGCACAACGGACUUGAGAAUGUUGGAAUUCCUAGAUGCCUCUUUCAUUGAGCAUGAUUCCUUCGCCCUGUUCUCUAAAGUCAUGGAUAACGCAAAACCAUUCUACGAAGUGAGCGAGGCUGCGACCAAUGCACUUUCUGCAACAUUAGGUCAACACUCACCAGCAUCCUCUAUCAUAGAGCGAAGCCAGUAUAUACACGAGAUAUGUGUAUUCAAAGUAGACCCUGAACUUUCAACUCACCUCAAAAAUAUUGAAAUAUUACCCCAAGUAUUUUUAAUUCGUUGGGUCCGUCUCUUAUUCAGUCGCGAAUUCCCUUUUGACCAGACGCUCGUACUUUGGGAUACCCUCUUCUCUGUAGACCCGUCCUUUAAACUAAUAGAUCUGGUUUGUACUGCGAUGUUAAUUAGGAUAAGAUGGGAUCUUCUUGCUGCGGACUAUACUGUCGCACUGCAAUUAUUGCUUAAAUACCCUCCCCCUCAACUGCAACAUGGCCCACAUACUUUCGUGGAUGAUGCAGUCUAUCUUAGGGAUCACCUAGAUUCGGCUGGUGGCUCUACACUAAUAGCAAAAUAUACCGGGAAACCACCUUCAUCUUUUGGUGGUGAUUCUGGGACGAGCACGCCAGGAAGAACUGCAUCAAGUUUACGGCGGAAACUUGCCGGCACUAGGUCGCCUCUAUCCCCUCCUCGCUUCAGGUCUCCGCAAGUUGGUAUGGAAGCGCUCUUGCAGGGUGCGGCUAAGGGUGUCCUGGAAAGAGGAGAGAAGCUCGGCAUUAACCAAGCAGUGCGUGACGCCAUGGUGGAGAUACGCCGCAACGUUCAGGAAGCUAGGAGUUCUAUGAAAGCAGGCAAGGACCUCCUCGCUGAACCUGGAUCCAACACAACGGCACGAGCGGUGGCGGUGAUGGACCGGAGGAAUAGGCGGCUAGCCUCUUUGCUAGACGAGUCUAUUUCUACGCUGAAGACUCUCGCCGGUUCCGAUUUAGAAGACAAACAGAAAUUCCAGGAGACUCUCACGCUCGCCGCUGCGAAGCUACAGUUUGUCAAGGUUUACCUUGAGGAUUCUACUAUGGCUCUCCCGGAUGAGGAGGAGCCUGCGUCAUCGCUGACAACAGUGGGGACUCUGGCUACUGACAACGUCAUGGUCGAUCCGGAAUCCUUAAGCGAUGCCGUCGCAGCCAUGGCCCUUGACCCGUCAGCGCCCUUACCUGGAAACCAACACCAAAAGAGCACCACCAAUCCUUCAACCGUCGAUUCGUCUAUAAUACCGGGCUUGGAUAGAAUGGACACCGACGACCCGUUAGGCGCCGGCACACCAGCGACGGAGAAGAAGCUAGAACGUCCGCAAGCGCCCAUUCCCACACGCUCAUCACUCGCGCAGUCCUCCUUCUCCUGGAUGCUAGAACCCGACGUCAACUCUUCCUCGUCAUCACUAUCAUCGCCAUCCCAUCAGCAGCCACCCAUAUUCCCCUCGAAAAAGCCAGCGUCGUCAUCGGGCAGCGGCAGCAUACCACAGCGCAAGAGACCUUCCGUAAGCGCCACCCGCGAACGCACGGCUUUUCUCUUUGGCGAGAUCUCGCCAGGUGAGGGGGGUGGCCAGGGCGUUCUGCCGGAUGAUAUCUUUGGGCUGGAGGAGAUUCAGAAGAGGAAGAGUUAAUAAGAGGUACCCAGGUAGGUAGGGAGGUAGGUAAUUAUCCAAGGAGGUUUUGAGAUUAGGCAACUAGUACCUAGGUACCUACCUACCUAAUAGGUAUACCUAA